GGUCGUGGCUUGUGACGGGCAAAUCUGUCAUCGGCAAAAUCUGGCUCAGUGAACAUACUGUAGUCAAUCUUAACAGCAACCCAGUGAUUCCAUUGCAUGAUUGCUCAAGACGUUUUAUAUUGUGGCGUGUGCUCCAUGCCACCAGAGUUUUGCGAAUUCAGUGGAACGCAAGGAAAAUGCAAGGCAUGGCUACAGAAGAAUAAUGCAAAGGAAUUUGCAAGAUUAUAUGGGCAAACGGAAGAAAUCGAAAAGGGUGUUGAAGGCAUUCAGAUUGAAGAAAAGCCAGAGGAAAAGAAGAACGACCGAUCGCUCGUCAAGGAUAAAUCAGCUCAACUUGAAGCCAAGCUCGAGAAGGAGAACAGGAAGAAGAUGGAAUCACACGUUAUCAUUAAGCGAGUGGAGAGAACAAAGCGAAAAUGUGUCACCACCAUCCAUGGACUUGAAGUUUUUGACGUUGAGUUGAAGAAGGCAGCCAAGAUGUUCGCCAAUCGUUUCGCAUGUGGAUCGUCGGUUGCUAAGAAUAACCAGAACCAAGACGAAAUUGUCGUGCAAGGCGAUUUUUCUGAUGAAUUGUUAGACCUUAUUCUAGCCAACUGGCCUCAUAUUCCUGAGGAUAACAUCGACCUGGUUGAGGAUAAGAAGAAGAAGUAAAAUAAUAAAAAAUAAAAUACCUUGGCAAUAGGGAUGAUGGAGUCAAAGGAGCCCAUCCAUUAAAUCCCACUCUACUGUAAAAUCACAGUUGCACAAAAA